UCAUGGAACAGCAAGCCAGUCUGGCUCUCUGCGGACUGCAUCUCAUCUUGACUACAAGACUUCGUGGACAUGGUAGUGAAGGCUACAUUCUGAUUCGGCUUUCCUCAGACAGCUGUACAAUACUGCUAAGGGUCAAUUGGAAUCUUCACCUCUACCUGAUUCACAUCCUGCUCUUUUGCUAUUUGUAUAUGUAUAUGCUAGAUCAACCCAUCUGAAAACAAGUCCAGGGAGUAGGAGCCCGUGGCGUUAGGUGCGAGUAAGCAGCCACCUGACCGUGUAGGACAGCCUUGGAGACAGGACGUGUGGGGACCCGUUCUUAAUCGCCACUUGUCGCGCAGGAGUAACAUCUACCGCUCCAAAAUAGCCUGUGUUUUCUUCGAGGGCCGCUGCAAGUUUAUCGCCAUGCUGUAGAUUAGCCUCGAGUUUCACGGUCGGUGCUAGCUACACAGGAGAUUUCCUCCGCCUCAAUAUGAUGCGAUAACGCUAACAUGGCUGCAAAUCGCGUGGCUCUGCUUGGUCAUUUACUCAUCGUCUCGGGUAUUCCAAACACUUUACAAUUUCUUGAUUCUGCGGACGCGAAAAGCCAAAAAGUAAGCUGCUGCUGCGUUGUCCCUACUAACCGGACGUCGGAAUCUGGGCUUGCUGCACGGCCCGAUACGAGCUGUAUGCGCUGCCUGCUUGCUUAUGCCGUACUGCGAAUAUGCUCGUGAAGACCAUUGGCCACGUAAAAGGCCAAGCCGGUGGCCUGGAUGCGGCGGUGUCAUAGCGGAGCUGGUGGCUGUUGUAAACUGUAAGGCCUAGGGUUACAGGCGCCUGUAUAAGCGGUGUUGUACAAAGGAGGGAAGAAGCAACGUUCCGCUGGACCCUUUUGGGCCCUCCAAGAUUAACCACUCGCACACAUGGAGCGGUCUGCUUACUUGCAUGAGUAAUCAUGCAUUGCUAUAGAGACGCUGGUAACAGCUUGCAAUGAUGUGCGGGAAGAGAUACUUUUGACAGAAAACUACAAAUUGAACGCAUGGAAAAGACUUUCGCAAUCAGACAGUGAUUGAGGACGACGCAGAGCUGGGUCUGAGUUAGAAUGAGUGUACAGCAUCGAGAUCUCCUCACCGCAUCAUUUGUUUCGCUAAAGAAUGCCCAGGUGCUUACACACGAC